AUGGCCCUCGAGGCUUUAACAUCAAAACUUGGGGAUGAGAUUGAGGAUCCAGAAGAAGAGACGUUUCUGCUCUUCUCUCAGGAAAUACCGUCCCAGAACCUGGGCUUCAUAGAUCCCACUACCUCGUCCGUCGAGGUCGUCGUACACGAUAGGGAGUACACCAUCCAUCAGUCGCCAACCGUCCUCUCCUCCAGCCGGGCCGGCGGGACCACGGGUGCUGUCCUCUGGAAGAUCAACCCCAUCUUCGCAUCCUUCAUCUCCUCCCCGUCCAACCCGCUCUUCUCCUCGGGGAUCCUCUCCCCGGCCUCCUCCGUCCUCGAGCUCGGCUGCGGGAUAUCCCCGCUCAACGGGCUCGCCCUCGCGCCUCACGUAUCCCACAUCCUCCUAACCGACCAGCCCUACGUACAGCGCCUCGUCUCGAGAAACAUCUCUGAGAAUCAUGGCAAAGGAGAGCACGCACGGGCACGCCCCGCUGCGCGUCGACCGCCCAAGAUGAAAGCCUCUGCCUCCUCUUCCUCUCCCUCAUCGGCUUCUGUCGAGUUCGCCACUCUCGACUGGGAGACUGACCAGGUGACAAGCGAGCUCGCCCCGGGGCCAUCGGGGGAUUUUGACCUUGUCCUCGCUUGUGAUUGCGUUUACAACUACGCCCUGGUUCCUCCGCUGGUGCAGACUUGCGCGGAUGCUUGCAAACUCAGGCAAAGCAAGGAGGAUUCCCUAGACACUAAUAAACCCUGUGUCUGCAUCGUUGCACAGCAGCUUCGCAGUGACGAGGUCUUUGAGACUUGGUUAACUGAAUUCCACAAAGACUUUCGCGUCUGGAGGUUUCCUGAUGAUACUCUUCCCGAGAAACUUAGGACGAGUGCAGGGUUUGUCGUUCACGCUGGAAUGCUGAGAUAA